CGCUUUGUUUAUUUCUUGCUCACGUCAAAACGUAAGAAACUGUCGUGGCGAACGGACGUGUGUGGUUUCUUGUUCGUUGUUCGUGCAGCGCUUGGGAGGAAAUUGUACACACAAGCAGAAAACAGAGCAAGACAUUUUGUUGUUCACAAAAAUUUGUGCAAAGAAGAUAAAUACACAAGAUUAAUAUACGAUUUAAAUUGAUUAAUGCACAAUUAAUAGAAUUUAAAUGACGGCAUAACGGUUCCACUUACGUGCGUGCGUGUGUGUUUUUGUGUGCGGGAAACGGAAAUAAAGAGAUAAACAAGAAACAAGAAACAACCGAACCGACACGAAGAAGUGUAAGUGAAAAGGAGGAGACAAAAAUUCACUGUUCUAUACCGCGCGGCGCCCGCUCUUUUCCUUACUCGCACUCUUCUUCCUCCGCAAAAGAGUAGGAAAUGCUAACACAAACAAAAUACAAGUGCAAGUGCAUCGCGUGAGAGGGCUGUGUGUGUGUGCGUGUGAUUGUGUGUGCGUUUGUGUGUACGUAAGCGAGUGCAAGGAACACAGACGGAAGUACCUUUGACUUGUUCUUCUGCUCCUCCUGCACACGCUCUCUUUUGUUUGCUCUGCUUUGGCGCUGACAUUCGCAAAGACAACACAACCAACAACAACAAUAACGGCUUUCGAGUAACGGUCAAAAGCAAGCAGUGUGAGACAGGAUUAGCCCCAAAAACACAGCACCACCCACCAGACAGCACCCCACCCUACGACAAUGGCCCCUUGGCGCAGCAGAUAGCCACAGCAGCGACAGAAACAGCGCUGCAGCUUAACCAGGAAAUCAUCAAAGUAGCAGCAGCAGCAGCAGCAGUAGCAGAGAACUACAGCUAGAAAGCAACAGCAAGCAGUGCAUUAGCAAAGUGCAUGCAUUACCCUACGUCGCACACCGAUACGUAGCCGAUACGCGCGACACGUAUUGCAGCAGUUCUAGGCAAACCACAAAGCAACAAGAACACAACGCCUGUCGAUUGUGUCAGCCAUUCUGGGAUCUGGACAUAUCCGCUUCCGCAUUGCUCAAGAAUCGAAGCCCAGUCCCCAGCCCCGCGAAACACCCCCGCCAGAAAGUCUCACACCUCUGAGGCACAGUGGAGCAAACAGAUCACAGAUCCCAAACACGGAUAUAUUUAGUGGCUGCCACUAGUCGAGCGUCCCGCGUGCAGGAUUCAUUUAUUUUAAAAGUGGCUGCAUGUCCAAAAUGAAAAUGCUCCCAGUACAGUUAUCAUUGAAUUCGCUCAAUCCCGGCAUCUGGAGCGAUGUGCUGUGGCGCUGCCCACCGGCACCGUCCAGCCAGCUGGCGGAGCUGAAAACCCAGUUACCCCCAUCGUUACCCUCGGAUCCGCGACUGUGGAGUCGCGAGGAUGUGCUGGUCUUCCUGCGCUUCUGCGUGCGCGAGUUUGAUCUACCGAAGCUCGACUUUGAUCUCUUCCAGAUGAACGGCAAGGCGCUGUGUCUGCUGACGCGUGCCGAUUUCGGACACAGGUGCCCCGGGGCCGGGGAUGUCCUGCACAAUGUGCUGCAGAUGCUCAUCAUCGAAUCGCACAUGAUGCAGUGGCAUUUGCCCAACAGCCCGGUGACGCCCACCAGCCGCUACCCACUGUCGCCGCAAAGCCAUCCGCCGACAAUGACAUGGCCGCCAUUGAAUGCCCCGCCCGAGAGCAAUAAUCCCUUCCACAAUACGACCCACCACCUGGCGCAUCAUUUUAUGGCGCCCAAUUCGGUGACGCUCAGUCCCCCGCCGUCGGUUGAUUCGCAGGCCAGCAGUCCGCCCCAGGCCCCUUACCAGAACCAGAACGGAGGAGGAGCACCAGGCUCAGGAUCAUCCUCGGCACACACAUCCAAUGGCGGAUCUAGCAGUGUGGGAACUUCAAACAGCGGACCGUCGGCGCCGGCCUCUUCCAGCUCUGGCAGCAGCACGGCCAGCAAUGGAUCGGCCAUGCCCAUGAAGGGGAUCAGCAGUGCCAGCAGCAAUCACAGCGACUCCGAGGAGGAGUACUCUGUUUCCGAGCCAAAAAUGGCCACCGGCAUGCCACCAGCGCCGCUCUCCUACAGUACGGCCAGUCCCCCAAGCACGCCCAUACUGAAGGACAUUAAACCCAAUUGGACGCAGCAGCUGACGAAUAGUUUUGUCAACUCGUGGUCUCAGCAGCAGCAGCAGCAACAACAACAGCAGCAGAUGCAGGCGGUGCAACAGCAGCAGCCCCAAAAGCUGACGCUGGACAACACAGCCGGACCAGUGGUGGCACCCGCCGGAGGAUCCAUUUCCGCCCCGACAACGCCCAGUUAUAUGUACAAAGCGAAAAGGGAAUUCUUUCCAGAGAACUCUGAGCCCAAUACAAAUGGUCGCCUCUUGUGGGACUUUCUGCAGCAACUGCUGAACGAUCGCAAUCAAAAGUACAGCGAUCUGAUUGCCUGGAAGUGCCGCGACACGGGCGUCUUCAAGAUUGUGGAUCCCGCUGGGCUGGCCAAGCUGUGGGGCAUCCAGAAGAACCAUCUAUCCAUGAACUACGACAAGAUGUCGCGCGCCCUGCGGUACUACUAUCGCGUUAAUAUCCUGCGCAAAGUACAGGGCGAACGUCAUUGCUAUCAGUUUCUGAGGAAUCCCACGGAACUGAAGAACAUUAAGAAUAUAUCGCUUCUGCGGCAGUCCACCCCUGCAGCGGGUGCUGGCAAUGGAGGAGCACAAGGGAUGACCCAGGGCAAUGGAAAUCCAGCGCCCAGCAGCCCCGCAGCGGUCCAGAACUGGAGCCAGCAGCAGCAGCAACAACAGCAGCAACAACAACAACAACAGCAAUCCCCCCAGCGUCCUGCCUCCCGUAAUGGUCCCAUGAGUCUGCCCGCUGUGGCAGCAGUGGCUGCAGCAGCAGCUGCCGCCUAUGGACCGCCACCCACAUCGCCGCUCUUCAUGCACGCCAUCAACGGAGCCUUCCAUUACCUGUCCGCGACGGCGGCCGCUGCAGGAGCGCCACCCAAUUCCCCAGCGCUGCAAACGCCCGGUGCCGCAGGGCCGGACAAGUUUCAAUUCCAUCCACUGAAGCUGGAGAAUGGUGGGGGAAGCUCGGGAUCGGACAGCGCCGGAGAGGACCUGAAGCCCACGGAUCUGAGUGUCAGCGGCAAGAGUGCCGCCGCCGCAGCUGCCAGCAACGAGGACUGCUAUCCGCUCAUACGCAAUGCCGAUGGAUUGACGACCAUCAAGCUGAUACGCUACAACGAUCAUCAGUCGGCGCCCUCGCCCGCAGAGCAGUCACCCAAGCCGGAGGAGCAGCAGCAGCAGCAACAGCAACAGUUGCCCGCUGGUUCCAACUCGCCAAAGCCCAUGGAAGCGAGCGAUCAGGCCCAGCCUGUGCCUAUGGACAGCAGUGAUUGCAAUGGCAGUGUUGAGGUGUCCGAGGAGGCGUUAGCUGCGUUUAGGCAUAUGCGGCAGUAGGAGUAGCACCCCCAUCAUUGCCUUUCCCCCCACAAACAUUACCUGAGCUAAAAAUGGGACCAGCACACACAUAAACACACCCCUAUGCCCGCCCCCUAGCUGGAUGUGGUUGCCUUUUGUACAUAGAUAAAAACAUUUGCAUCAAUAUAUAUAUAUUUUAUACAUCAAAUUAUUUAUUAAGCUAAUCUAACGAGAGAGAGAGGAGAAAUGGAGCGAGUGAGCGAGAGUGAAUGUAAUUUCGUUUUGUUGUAAGUAGAGUUCUUGAAAAAACAAAAAAAAAACACGGCGCAGCGCAGCCUUUGAUUAUGUGCCAAUUUCUACAUUAAAUCAGAAUUAAAUUAUAAGUUAUCACACGCCCCGACCCCCCAAGCAUCAACAACAAUCAUACGAGUAGCGUGUAGCGAGAGUAGCGCCGCCCCUUAGCGAGUAAGUGUUGCCACCUUUGAGCUUUACAAAUGUUGCCUCAACAAAAUGGUUUCAAAUUUAUGAAAACGAAAAACAAACACAAAAAACAAUUGUUAAAAAUACGAUACGAAAUAUGAAAGAAAGGAAAGAAAAUUGUUAAUUGAUAUACAAAAAAUAAUCAGCGAGAAGAGAAGAUAGAGAGAUUGAUUUCUUGUGAUAACAGAUUCAUUGGCUGGAGAAGAGGAGAGCACAGAAGGAGGAGUAUGCAGCCACAGGAGAGAUCCAGGAGCUAUGGGAUCCAUGGUGUGGAAGCUGAAACAGUUUCUCCGUUCUGUUUCUCCCUGGCGGCCUCUCCUGCUGCCUGCCUGCCUCUCUCGACAGCUGCAAACAGAGAGCUUUCAAAAUUCAAUUUCAAUUGGAGAAAACCCCUUAGCCCUUAGAUACAAGAACAUGAAGAAGAAAAAAAACAUUGGCUUCCAUUUUUAUAGCAAUGAUUACGAGCAUAUACACAUUUAGUUUUCAAUUAAAACAUUAUUCAUACGAUUAUUAUUAUUAUUAUAUAAUUUGUAUGUUAGUUUUCUAAGCGGCUGCGCCCUCACGGAAAGAUGUGUGGAUUCGCAGCAAAAAGCAGAAGUGUUCAUUUAAGCAUUAACAAUUUUAGUUUGUAAAACAACUGCACGUCGCCCCAUACAAACCAUAAAAAACAAUAGAAAUUUUGUACAUUUUGAAGCACACUUUAUUAAUUAUAUUAAAUGCAAAACAUAAAUGAAAUGUCAUGGAAUGGAGAGGCGCAGACCAUCAACCCCACACCACACACACGCUCAUCCAACUUAGCUUUUAGUGCCUGUAAUUAUUAUUAAUUAUUGCAUAGAUCUUAUAGUACAUCUAAUUUUCGUACAUACGAUAUAUAUAUAUAUUUUUUAUCUGUUUUUUCGCUUACGCAUUAAGUUUAAACACCGCCAAUAGCUAAUAAUUAGCACUCUAGUGUCGCCACAAUACCUGUUCUUCCAUUUGCAAAAACCUUUACCUAGUAUAUCUUUCGAUCAAUAGGUACAUAUACAAUUUAUAUGUAUUAAAAAAAUAUUCAAGAAAACGGAAACAAAUUUAUAUGUAAUAAAUAAAUGAAAAAUGA